AAAUCUCCCAUGCUUUUCUAACGAAUUCUAGCGCGGAUUGGUUGUUUGCAAGCUAACUAGCACAUUUGCCUUGUUUACAUUGCUAACGAUAGAUAGCUAGCUAACCAUUUUCGAGCCCUGCCGUCCAGUGUUUGAGGUUUAGGUUUGAAUUUGAGUGAAACUGUGGCGGACAAAAUCGCCGCUGCUGUUUUUUUAAAGGCAUAGAGCAGCAAACCGAGAUGAAGGGGCAGCAGAAGAGCCCGGAUGACGACGGUGACGUGCCCAUAAUCGAUGAAGGUGAGCGCCAUAGAGAGUAUUCUAUGAUUUAUCAUAAUGGUGCUGUUGCCACAGCCGACGACCCAACUGCCAUCACCACCAUCCAGUCUGCAGCCACCUUCUCGUCUGAUCAACCAAUCAAGUACCUGUUCAAGACCGAAGGAGGCGGGUUGCCGGUAGGGGAGUUGUACCCUCCCUCAGGGCAGGUGACGUACCGGGUGAUCCAGGUGUCUGAUGGACAGGUGGACGGACAGACAGACGGUGCCUCUGCUGUUAGCGUGGUGACGGGCUUCCCCGCAACGACACAGACUGUCACACAGGCGGUGUUUUCCCAGUCUGAGGGACUGGAGGGGGAAGCCUCAGAGACUCACUACUACUACCCUGUCACUGAUGCCACACAGACUACCAUGGUUGAGAAUGUACAAGCGCCAGAAACACUGCUCACUCAGAGCACACCCACUGGUCAGCUAUAUGUGAUGAUGUCCCCACAGGACGUGUUGGGCGGAACAAACCAGAGCAAGUCAGAGCCUCCUCGUACAUCUAGAGAUGACAAGAGACGAGCCCAACACAAUGAAGUUGAGCGCCGACGCAGAGAUAAGAUAAACAACUGGAUCGUCCAGCUGUCCAAAACCAUCCCAGACUGCACCCUGGAUGCGACGAAGAAUGGGCAGGUGAGUUCCCAGAGUAAAGGAGGGAUCCUGUCCAAGGCUUGUGAUUACAUCCAGGAGCUGCGUCAGAGCAACGCCAGACUGGGGGAGGACCUGGAGAAUCUGGAGAGACUACGCAUGGACAACCAGUUGCUCAGACAAGAGGUUGAUGAUUGGAAAACCAAGAACCAGAUGAUGAGAAGCCAGCUGAGACAGAAUGGCAUUGUGGGAGCAGCAGGUGUAGAUCCACAGUGAAGGAGAAGUGACAAAGGUGCCUGUACGAGGGCUCUGUUUGAAUUGCCAGAAAAUACACCCUCCUUUCCUCACUUGAGGUAGUAACUGAUCUGUAUGGGAUUGGAGAGGUGAAACGUAGGGUCCCAAUGAUACCAACCCAGUCAUCUUAUAUCUGUAAUUUCAUCUAGGAUGGAUGUAUUUGGAAAACAUUCGAACAAGGUCUAGGAUGUUGUGGGCUGUUGGAAUAUGACAACAUUGGUCAGUGGAGGCGGUUGUAUGCAGAGGGUUGCUUCCAACAAAUCUGGACUGCACUCUUUUUGGAUGUCCUCCGUGAUGUUUUCUUCCUUGACAAUUGUAUGGACACCCCAUGAUCAUGGACAUUCAUCCUACCUAGAAAAACACUUAAGCUACACGGCAUAAUACUCAUGUCUGUGUUCUUUAUCACCUUUGAAAUCAAAUGUAUUUUGUGUCCCCUCAAACAACUUGCCCAUAUAUGGGUAUUUCUACGCUCUUGCCACACAUUAUUUGAAAGAAAAAAUGUGAUGCCUUUUAUGUUUGAAAUAAAAUAUUUUAUGAAAAGGCUUAUUUAAA